CUCCUUCUCGGUUGCCCAUAAACUCUUUCGAACGGCUAAGCCGGUCUGUCUUAGGCGUUCUUCUUCCAUCUUCGUUCUCGUGGACAUGGUUAAGAAGAGAAUCCAUUUAUUGGCUUCCAUUUCGCAAUCAAGUUAGCAUUCUCUGGUGUACAUUUUUCCUGGGCAGUCUCUUCAUUCUGAGAGAGGAAGAACCUUCAAAUGGGGACGCAGCUGUUGAGCCAGGUUAAUGGUUUUGUUCACAAGACACCCGCGCCAUACUUCGCAAAACCGGCCAUUUCCUUGGUCCCAUCUUCGUUGAGCUGCCGAGUGAUUCCCGGUAACACGAAAUUUCUGGGGAAGCGUGUUUCAUUGGAGGCAUCUAGUUCGAGAAUUCAACUAGAUUUAAGAAGCAAGAGAUUUGUCAUUCGUGCACAAUCUGAGUCGGAAGCAGCACCAGUAUCUGAAGAUGAUGGUGGCUCGCAGGAGGUGCCUUCUUCGUCAGGAACGUCCGUCGCAACCCUGGAGCCUCCGGAGGCCGGUGCACAAUCUGUGGAGAGAAAGCCCAGAGUUAAGCUGGGAGAUAUAAUGGGGAUUUUGAAUAAAAGGGCUAUUGAGGCUUCGGAGAAGGAAAGGCCCAUCCCUGACAUCAGGACUGGAGAUGUCGUGCAGAUUAAGCUGGAAGUGCCAGAAAAUAGACGCCGAGCAUCUAUUUACAAGGGUAUAGUGAUGUCAAGGCAAAAUGCAGGAAUCCAUACGACGAUUAGGAUACGAAGAAUUAUUGCUGGAGUCGGUGUUGAAAUCGUUUUCCCCUUAUACUCACCUAACAUCAAAGAGAUCAAGGUUGUGAGCCAUAGGAAGGUUCGGAGAGCAAGGUUGUACUACUUGAGGGACAAGUUGCCUAGGCUGUCAACUUUCAAUUAAGUCUGCUGCAAGAAAGGAAAUGAGAUCUUGCUUGAAUACUGUGCCUGUUUAUGUUUAGUGACAAAGUUGCAUAAUUUUUCAUGUGUACCAAUUGCUGCUAGAGCUUCAUCUCUGUCCUUGAUGUUUGCCAUCAACAUUGAUGUCUUUCCUAUCACUCAUUUUUCUUGUGAUUGGUUAAAAUUUUGCUUCUUAGA